AUGCCCAGCAAAAGUAAAUAUGCCUCAGACUACAUAACGGCACAAGAACUCAACAGAAGAAUAAAUGAACAAAACCAGGCGCUAGUCAUAUAUGCAAAGAAGGUGUAUAGAUUGGACAAAUGGCUCAAGUUCCACCCGGGAGGAGAACUUGCAAUAAGACAUAUGAUCGGAAAGGACGCGACUGAUGCAAUUAAUGCGUUUCAUCCCGAUUACGUAAAGACGAAGAACAUUCACACGUUCUAUAUUGGCGAAUAUGUGGACGAAGAUGUCCACAUACCGUCCGCUAAUACAGACAGCGUAAAAACGUUAACGCUAAAUAAAAAAGGCAACCCAGACAACACUCCCGUUAAUAAUAUUACCAAACCUAUAUUAUCAGCCAUCUCGUCUUCAAUUACAUCACCGAGUACACCGUCUACGACCAUUUCAUCAGCCUCCCAAUCAACCCAACCUUCCGACGCGAAACUAGAUCUAAUCCACCAAGCACGUAUAACAAAAGCAUAUCGUGAACUAGACGCCCGUAUACGUUCCAAAGGUCUCUACAAGACUCAUUACAUUAACUAUGUUUAUGAGAUGAUACGCUUUGGUACAUUAUUCGCACUUGCCUGGUAUUUCGCGCUGACUGGCACGUCGACUCUCCAUUUCCUUACAUCAGCUGUAUGUCUUGGUGCGUUCUGGCAUCAAAUAGCAUUCACCGCCCAUGAUGCUGGUCAUAAUGGCAUUACGCAUUCGCUGCCUGUGGACGGUUUCAUUGGAGUAAUGACCGCUGAUUUAUGCGGUGGACUGAGUAUGGGGUGGUGGAAGAAGAGUCAUUACGUUCACCAUUUAGUCACCAACGAAAUAGAGCAUGAUCCGGAUCUACAACAACUACCUUUCUUCGCAGUUAGUAUUAAUUUUGUGAAAAGCAUAUAUUCAAGUUAUUACGAAAGAAUACUCCAUUUCGAUAGAGCAGCAGCAUUUUUUGUCCAAUUUCAGCACUUCUUAUACUAUCCUGUACUAGCUUUUGGAAGAUUUAAUUUAUACUUUUUAUCAAUAUCACACAUUAUAAACGAAGAAAGGGUGGCUUUCAGGAAACUAGAAUUAUUCUCAAUGGGACUAUACUGGAUGUGGUUCUCUUACCUUCUCUCACAUAUUCCGUACUCCCUGAUAAUUCCCUACAUUUUAAUAUCCCAUAUGAUAACCGUGUUGUUACAUAUACAAAUCACGCUCUCUCACUACGGUAUGUCAACGGAAGAGCUUGGACCAAAGGAAGCAUUUGCUGCGAAAAUGCUUCGCACAAGCAUGGAUGUAGAUUGUCCAAAGUGGUUGGAUUGGUUACAUGGUGGAUUACAGUUUCAGACCAUUCACCACUUGUUUCCAAGGGUACCCAGACAUAAUCUGAGGGAGUGCCAACAAUACGUGAGGGAAUUCUGCAAGGAAGUGGGCAUAGAGUAUCACUGUUACGGUUUUGUAAAAAGCAAUGGAAUAGUAUUAGACGCCUUGAAGGAUGUAGCCAACCAAGUCAGCUUGAUGAACAAAGUCGCAAAAGGGAUAGCCGAAAAAGAACUCAGACACGUCAGUGGAUAA